UCGAACCUACAACCUUGCGUCGUUAACGCAAUGCUCUAACCACUGAGCUACAGGAAAGCUACACAAAGUCCAUUAACUGUGUACUGCGCGCAAACAGAAUAAGCAAUUUGCAAAUAACAAUAAUGUCAAGUGUGAUAGUUAAAGCUUUAAAUUAUUAACGCAUAUAUUAAAUAAGUAAAAUAAGGAGGAGACAAUGCCAACCCAAGCGGUAAACGAUGGUAAGGUUGCCAUAACAACCGUGUGUUUACGCGCUCUCCGUUGUCUUGAAGAGUAAGUUACGCACGGUACACAUAAGCUAACGUUACCCCAUUUACAUCUCUGAGGAUGUCGCGGCUGAUGGGACCCCCUAAUAAAUUUCUCCCCCAUGAGUGGAAACAUGCAAACCAAGUGCAGUACAGAAGAUCAGAGGAAGAGAGAACACGGUCAGAGAAACUGACAGCAGAGUGCGAACGACUGAUCGAGGAGAGCAACGCAUCUACCAAACGCAUGCAACAGGAUGCGCAGAAGAAGCUUGAGCAGAGAAUCCAGGACAUCAAAUUCUGGAGGCAGGAACUUGAGCAGACGUUUGGGGAGAUGGUGCAGGAGAUCGAGACCCUCGUCGUCUUUAAGAGCCGCGUGGAGCGAGCUUUGGAGAGCUGCUCUCAGCCUCUACAAGUUACUCUGCAAUGUCUGGCUGAGAGACAAAAGCGGGUGGCCAUUGAUCUGGUGCACGAUGAGGUGGAAGAAGAGCUGUUGAAGGAGAAGGAGGUGACCGAGGGCGUGAUGGUUCUGCUACAGCGCACUCUAGAACAGAUCAAUGAACAGAUCAGGCUUAUACGUUCUGUGAAAUAUUAUUUGGACAAGGACCUAAAAGACAAAUUUCAGGCUGAAAGUAUUGAUGAUUUCUGCUCUCUGCUUACUAACACGUCGCCUGGUGGACAUGGGGGGAAUUCUGAAUUCUUUAGUGUUGGAAGGACAUUAACCCCUGAGGAAUGGGAGAGCAUCUGCAACAUCAACAUUAGCAAAGCUGAGAAGGAAAAGAACAACUCGCACUCUCUGAGAGCUCUCGUGGAAAGCCUGCUGGAGCAGACGGCCACAGAUAUGCGCAGACAGCACGAUACCAUGGACAGAGCAUUGGAGCUGCGCAUACAGGAGGCCAAAACUGCCAAAGCAGAGCUGGAGAACCAGCUGGAUAAGCUGUUAGAAGAGACAGCGAGCCAGGAGAAGAAUCUGGAGGAUCUACGAGUGGCUGUCGCCGAGAAAGAAGCUCCCCUGAGGGUGGCACAGACUCAACUGUCCACCCGCAGUCAGAGACCUAACGUUGAGCUCUGUCAUGACCCCGCUCAAACCCGACUGUUGACAGAGGUCAAGGAGCUUGCUAUCCACGUCGAGAGACUGAACGAGGGCAUUGAGCUCUCCGAGAUGGAAUUGAAAGCUCUAGCAGGCCAACAGCUGAUCCUAGAAGAAGAGAUUCAGGUGAAGUCCAACUCCAUCUAUAUCGAUGAGGUGAUCUGCCGACAGCUGUGCGAGACUGUUUCUAUUCACAACUACUGAAGGGAGCUAAGAUAUACAGCCACAGAGCUCCAGAUACUCAUCUGUGUUCUGGAAGAGAAGCAUCAUCGAAAUGAGAAGAUUUCAGUCCCUGUGUUUGGUUUGUAUGGUUGCAGUACAACAUGUCAUGCGUUUUAAUAUGCAUCUAAAAACGAAGGUUUGUUAUGACAAAGCUGAAACUAUUAAAAGUGUAUCUUAGGUGUCUCUGAACUUUCAGCCUCUGAAGUUUACUUCUAGAAUUUAUUUGUUUAAUCACAUUGUUGUGCAAAAUCUUGAUGAUUGAUCGCGGCGAUCUUAAUCGAAAUGUGGUUAUUAAAGAGUUAAACGUUAAGACAAACCAAUGGUUAAUUUUUGACUCCCCCAAACCUCUUUAUUAUACUCUUUAUUUUUAAUAGGCUAUGAAAUUUGAAGACGCUGGUAAAAUGACUCGGUGGGGAUUUUUGAGUUACUUGAUAGCAAUUUGUUACACACAUUAUUACACACAUUGUGUGUUAUAUAUAUUGAGUAAACUUUACAAGGAAUUUAAUAACUGUGCCUUUUUAAUAUAUAGAACAUCUAAAUAGUUACAUUGUUUCAUUUACAUAAAAACUUUAGCAGUUUGAUAUUUGCAUGGGACUGAAUAAUGGGAGCAAAUGUAGUAAAAAAAAAACUAAGCUGAUGCAAAUGUUGCGUCAAUUUAGUAACAGGCGGCUUUAAUAAUAUAAAUAAAUGUACUGUGUUUCAUUUAUAAUGUUAAAAUAAAACAUUUCAACCGGUAGAGGCACAAACCCUCACCAUUACAUCUCCAAUAACAUUCAAUAAUGGAUAUUGUGGGAAAACCACAUAAAUGUAUUUUUAUUUCCACAUUAUUAUGGUAUUAGUUAAGAUAAUCAUGGGUCAUAAAAAUUAUGGAACUGCAGAUAUAAACAUUUGAAAUGCAAUUAUCAGUGCUGAAACAACCAGUUAGAUCUAUCAGAUCUAAAAAAAUGCUCUCACAUUUUGCCACUUGAGUUCACUUCGAAUAUAAGGUAAGAAAUUGUUCAUUUUAAAAUAUUUUUUCAUUAUAGGCUUCAUAGAAGUCUUUUUAUUCUUUUUACUCGCUUCAUAAAUUUGAACACCUAUACUGCAUAUAGCCAUUAGUUGAACUUCAGCAUUUUUGUUCUAUAACACACUGGCUAAAUUUCUGUUUUAUGCAUUAGCACGACAUGCUGGAAAGUCUUCGACUCAUUUUAACUCUAUAGUUGCAAUGACAGGCUAG